CUUAUUAAAUUUUUUCUUAAAUUAAAAAUUUUAUGUGAGCGAAAGAAAAAAAUUAUAAAAUAAAAAUACAUUCCUACAUAAAAAACAAUAUUUUUUGUUAUUUCAUAGAAUUAAUAUUAUAACUUCUUUCUUUCAGAAAAGUAAAACUGAUGAAAUAAAGGACAGAGAUUAAUCAAAGCGGAUGCAACUCUGUGGUUAAUGAAUAUGCGCUAUUACAAUUUAUAAUCAAUGCAAUACGUAACAUAUCUGAGCGUGUCACAUUGGGAACAAUUUGCAUAAGAAUAUCCGAUCGCGAGGCAACACGUGUUUACGGCGUGCAACAGCUGUAACUAUCUCUUUCUCUUUUUUUUUCCUUUUUUUUCUAAUUACAUAGAAGGCCCUUACAGAAAUUUCUGGUAAUUUUUCUAUGCGGUUUUUUGUGAUGCUAUGAACUCUAUGAACUAAAAGGGUAUCGGUUUGCGCGUUUUCAACAUUAUCGAAGAUAUCAUUCGGAGCAAAAAACAAAUCCAGUUCGACUGAUAUUCGGUCCCCCAACAAAAAUUUACAAAAAUUGCGACGACCAAUACUGAUCACUUGUUUCGCACGUCUGCUCGUUAACGUCUCUUCGAGCGGCCACGGAAAAUUAAACUCGUCCGAUGUUUCAGAAAUCAUGUUAAUGUGACCUGUACACACGUGUUACGCCGCAUAAAAGAAAAAAUACAAGAAAAAAAUAGAAAAUAUAAAAAAAUAUGUAUAUUACUAACCAUAAAAUUAACAAUGAAUAUAAAUAUUUUGCCCGACCUCAAAAAUCCGCACAUAAAUUUUUAUAUAUAUAAAGAUUAUAUAAAAAGAAUGGAUUUAAAAAAUAUUUGUAAUUUUAAACCUUCAAAAUAUUCUCAAAAGACUAAGAAAGUCUUCAAAAGAUUGAGAAUUUUUGAAAUUCAACCAAUUUUUUAAAUAUAAUACUUUAGUAUCUUUUGUAAUAGAUUUUUCACUUUUUUUUAUAUCUGCAGGUUUUCUGCGAUUGGGCAACAUUUAACAUAUUCAAAAUUUUAUUGUUAGUGAUAUUUAAUUUUUAAAUUUAUAUUGCUAUUUAUACUGCAACUUAGAUUUCACAUAAUUUACAUUCUAUUUUAACUUAUUUUUAUAGUUAAUUAGAUAGUAUAUAGUACAAUGUGACAGUAAUACAAUACAAUAUAGUUUUGACAUAUUUUUUAUUAAACAUAUGCCUAUACUUUUUUUUCUUUUUAUGCGCGCGUUGAUCGCGCGGGUAUCGUUCGAUGAAUCGACACAUUUUAACGAAUGGCAAGUGACCACUUUAAUCUGCCACCGUGAUAUCUUUUUGCACAUUUAUCUCGUAUCCUACUGGAGCGAAAAAAAUGCGAACGAAAAAAAAGCCGACGUUGCAGACUGUAAUAUUAUUUUCCGCGGCUUAUUUACUCGUUUAUCACUAAUGCAUCUUCUGUGUUAAUUUUGAACUGUCGCUUCGCUCUGCCGAAGGUGAAGUGUCACACUCCAUCAAUGUUUCGCAGAAGAUCGCAAAUAUUAAUUAUCAUUUUCAUGAAAUUUCAAUGCUCCCACGGUGCAGAGAGAGGGAGAGAAAGAGAGAGAGAGAGAGAGAAAGAGGGAAUAAUGACAAUGCAUCAUUAAUAAUCGGCUUAAGCUGUUAACGCUAAAAAUAUGCAGUUCGUUAAUCAGAUCGGCGCGUCAAUGACACCUGUUUUAUUACAGCACGCAUAUGCUACCUUGUAGCGUGUUAUUAGUAUAAGCGCUUCUCUUUACCAUGUGUACGAUAAAUUCCGCGGAAGCUCAUCGAAGCAACUCCGGCUGUGCAGAUCUGGCGCCGGGUGCCCGGCUAAAGUUACACGUGCAUGCUGGCGUCAAGAUCGCGGCGCUAAGCUGCAUGGAGCACGUGCCAUAGGUCUGCUGCGCCGCGGCGACUGCGAGAGGAGGGGGAGAGCAAUAUUGCAACAGCAUUGAAAUAAUUUUUUCUUCUCAACAGAAAAAGUCAAGGUCGACGCCGCGCGGAAUAUUGGCGCCACACCAAUCUGGAAAUCGUUUGUUCCCUCGCCCCGCGAAAACGACGAAGGACUUGCGUCGUUAUCGAGUUGGGAGAUUUUCUCCCGAAAUUUAAUUAGAGAUCAAGAUGUUUUUUUUUUUUAUGACGAAUUGUAUUGGUUUAUGAAUACAUAAAUUUUUUUAUCGCAUUCGUCACAAAUGUUUAUACUCCAGCGGCGCUGAUUAGACGCUGAGGUGAGAAUCAGCCGAUCAGGACCCGCGACAUAAUACGGCCCAGACGGCGGCAAGGCGAGAGGAAUGCGCACCGGAGCACGCAGCACGCGCCCGCUCCGAUUCGCGUAUGCGCUGCGAUCACGUGAAUGUCACGCAUAGCGCGACGCCGGGGCGCAUGCGCGGCACUUGCACCGUGCCGGCCGGUUCGCGGCCGCUUUCAAAUCCUGCGGCUCAAACGCGUGUCGAACGUGGUGUAAGUAACGUGGUGGAACGGUACCGGGCGCGCGAUCGUCAGCGCGUCGGCCGAAAGGGUUGACAGUUGACACGCACACACACUCCCUCUCUCUCUUUUCUCUCUUCUCUCUCUUCUCUCUCCCUCUUCCCCUCCCCCUUCUUUAGCGCGCACAUGUCUGAUAUCGCGGGUUUCGCGACUUCUCGAGGAACGUCCGAUUGUCGUGGCGAGACGCGGUGAGAUAAGACCACAGCGAUCGGUCGUGCGCCUCGGAGUCGGUGAUAGACACGCGUGCGAUGCGCUACACCCUGGCCACUCUCAUGUGAGGAGGAGGAGGAGGAGAAGGAGGAAGAAAGAGCCGUCCGUUCAUUUCCCCGCCGAUUUUUCUAACGCCGCGACCGGCGUCUCCUGCACCUCCUCCGUUCGGUUUAUGUUCACGUGAGAUACACAGACUCCCAAUUUGUGGUGGCCAUCAACUUACUAAUCGCGAUGCCACGUACAAUCGUACGCGACUACAGCUGACGACUUAGUCGCCGAUCUCGUAAGAGGGACAAGAGGAUACCUCAUAAAAAAAGGAAAGAAGGAACACGUCGGAUCGUCGAGAAAGCGGAGCCUGUGAGAGCUAUUUAAAUCCGCUCCUCGCCACGUCUGAGGAAUCUGUCGUUUCAACUGCGAGAAACUAGUCUAAAUGUGUUCGAUAGCAAUGCCGGCCGAACUGAUUCUCCACAGUCCCCCGGUGUACAGCCCCCUGCUGUACGGCCCCUUAGUAGUCACGGCCCCGACGAUCACCAGCCGGUCGUCGCCCAGAAUCAGGCCGUGCCUUUCUUCGGGGUCCUUAUCGUUGGACUCACUACGAAACAACGAUGGCAAGCAAAAGAAACGGGUGGUGUUCGCCGAUGAUCGCGGCCGCCCUCUCACACAGGUUCGCGUGAUGUCGGAACCGAGCAACGUACCGCCACUGUGGAGCACGGCUUACGUGGCCGGCCUGACCGGGGGUCUGCUCAACAUGUCGAAGGCUCUGAGUCAGGAAGCGGCGCAGGAUAGCACGCCGCCUUGGCAGGUCACCUUUCCGCAGCCGGCAAGCGACUAUCUCGCCUUCCGGCGUAAGCUCGAUCAGGACAAUGUCAGCCUGGAGAACGUGAUCGUGCGCGAAUCCGAGCAGUGCCUGGUGGGCACGGUGAAGGUGCGGAAUCUGGCCUACGACAAGGAGAUCGUGGUGAGGGCCACCAGCGAUAGCUGGUCUACCCACGAGGACGUGCACUGCACGUACGUGGCUCAACCGGGUUCCCCGGGUCCCCUCAUUCUGUACGACACCUUCCGCUUCCGGCUCACCUUGCCGGUGACGUCGAAUGUCAUCGAGUUCUGCGUGAGAUAUCGCUCGGACGGCAAGGAAAUGUGGGACAACAACGACGGCAAAAACUACGUGGUUCGCAAAAAGCAGGACCCCCGAGUAGCAGCCACGCGAUACGACAGCAUCCAGACGACGAAAUGCGACGGGCUCGUCAACGGUAACGAGAUGAGGGAUGGCGUGCCGCAGAACGCGGAUGCCACCAGGUUGAACAUGCGUACCUGGAGCGAGUUCGCGUCUUGGCAGCAUCUGACCAACGACGCGCCCUACUGGUGAAUCGGCCGGCAAGGUGGUCGUAAUUCCCCUCGUCUCGACAUCCAAGUCAUGUGUGUACGAAGCUGUACGAACUCUUCCAGUUUUUCCUCACCUCGGCGACUUCGCCGGGACGUAGAUCACGCGGGAUCGCGAGUGCCGGGGAGCAUCUCACGAGGCACGUGAGAGUCCAUCAGGGACGUGGAAACGGAAUGGAAUAAACUCGGGAGGCAUGUGAAAAGAGAGGAGAACUGUGCGACGAAUUGAGUACGAGGAAA